AUGAGAGCAAAGUCAGAGCAUCUUUGGGUGAAGGAUUCCAACAAACCUCAAGGAAGAGGCUUAUGGAAAGGAAUCCAGAAGCAUAAAAUUUUGGUGGAAGAUAUGUCAGUCACUCAAGUCAAAAAGGGGGAUGCAGUUCUGUUUUGGUGGGACAAAUGGCUAGGCAAUCACGCUUUAAAGCUCAAAUUUCCCAACAUCUACAAAAUCUCUAUACAGAAGAAUGCAACUAUAAUUGAGGUGACUGCAAAUGCUGCUUGGAAUCUAAAAUUCAGAAGAAAUCAGACUCAAGCAGAAAUGGAUGAAAUGUUAACUUUGUUUGUCCGUAAUGGAAGUCCUCCUUCACUAGACGAAAAUGCAGAAGAUGAGGUUCUAUGCACUUUGGUGGAUGGCUUCAAGGUCAAAAAUUGUUAUAACAGUUUGAUUCAACAACUUCCAACAGACCCCGUGUUGCUUCCUGCGAACUGCAUUUGGAUCAAUUUUGUUCCACCUAAAGUGCAGAUGCUAAUGUGGUCAGCUGCUCAAAAUGCUACUGCCACAACAUAUAACCUUCAGUAUAGAGGAUGCACAUUUCAAAAUCUCAUUUGCUCUCUUUGUAACCUGCAACAAGAAUCAGUUCACCACCCCCUGUUGCAUUGUGAGUUUACUCAUACAAUAUGGAAUUAUUUCAUUUGGGGUUACAAUGUCAGAUGGGCUCAGGCAAGUAGCAUUAUUGGUCUCUUAGAAGCAUGCAAAUUCAGAAGGGGCAGACACAGAGGUAGGAAAAUUUGGCCUCUUAUUCCUUUUGCUAUUGUCUGGGCCAUUUGGAAUGGGAGGAAUAGGAGGGUCAUGGCUCAUAAACGACCAAAGACAUCAGCAGAAGUCAUCAAUGAAGUAAAGCUGUUAAUCUUCAUCUGGGUUCAAAUCAGAAAUGGUUUGGGCAUUAUAGUUUUAGAGACUUAG